GACAAACCCCCCCCCAAAGCCAUCGACUUCCUCUUCCUUUGAAAACCGAAAAAGGGGCUUGAAAUUCUCGUUCUUUCUUGUUCAAUCACAAGAUUUGGGGCUUGGAAUCUUCUCCCUCAACCUAGAAAAUCCCGGUCCUGCUUUGCUCUUCUCCCUUGUCCGCUGGCUGCUAUGUGGGUGUGAGAGUUUGGGCCUUUUUCUGGUAAGAUCUAGCCAUGAAUCCCUCUCUUUCACCUUGAUUUAGGUUGGGUUUACUUUAAUUGCUCUUGUUCCUCCAAUUUUUGGGUAGUUCCGUUAGCUUCCCCUGCAGAUCCCACCGGCCUUCCCCAAUCUGCUAGCUCCGGUUCCUUGUUUGUAAAUUCUGGAUAUUGCAUUUAUUUUAGGAUUUGUAACUUUUAUUACACUUGUUUGGUUGUGAAGUCCUUGGAGGUUUCCAAGGCAAUUAAUAACCCAUUUUGCAGAACUCCACCCUCUAUUUUGCAACAUCGUCUGGGGCACAAUUCAUUUCAUAGAUGUUCUUUCCAGCCAUCCUAUUGGAAGUCGACCGUUGGAAAGGAGAAGGGUCGUCUGGAAAAUCCUAUUUUCUUGUUUUUAGACAAAUCAAGUGGCACGCCUAAUAACCAAACUCACGUGGUAAAGGCCGGCUGAGGAUUUUUGAGGAAACAAUCCUUUGUUGGCACGCCCGGUGGGACACGAAAAGUGUAUAAGUUAAAGUUUACAGACCCUCUGUUUAUACAUCCAAAAGUGUCUGGAGCCAUGCCACCAAGAAAGAGCAAAGACAAAGAGGUUCAGCCAGCCCAGGCUGACCAUGCAGACGACAGUCCACUCCACUUUGAGGGCGAAAAUGAUCCCAUCACUUUUCUCCCAGUGUCACCUCUAGCAGAACGGUCUUAUGGGAAUCCAGUGUUUAAGGAGAAAGAAGCAGACCGUGGAGGUGACUUUGCUGAAUCAAGUAAUAUGUUUAGAGGUAUGAUGGAACGUCUGGAUUUAGCAUUCAAAGAAAAGAACCAGACUAUGCAGAGGCUGGUUAAGAGUCAAGCAGAAUCCUCCAAAAGUCAGGAAGAGAUAAUCAAACAAUGUAUGGAAGACAUGAGACGGGUCUUUGAGGAAGGCACUAGGGUGAUGCGAGAAACUGGGGAAGAAAGUCGCAGAACACUGCAGGCUGUUUCAGAACAAGUGGUUGAGCAAGUGCGACAGCCCAGACCUGAGAUUCCUCCUCCAGUCGUUGAAAUGCCCAAACAGAUUCAGGAAGCCCCAAUCCCAGCACUCGGGGGGCAAGGGAAUCAGCCUCAUCCUAACAUUCAACAACAGAAUUUCUUCAUGGGUGAAGGACAAAGACAGCAUGAACCAAUGAAGGCUGCUGCUCCUAUUGCAAACCAUGGCCAUCAACCUCAGCAUAGACCAGCCUUGAGACCAUUGGUGCGUCCAGCCUAUAGGAAGCCUUAUCCAGACAUCAUUGAUCAUGAAAAUCCUUUUCCAAGGGGUUUUAAAGUGCCUGAGUUCACUUUAUUUUCUGGUGAGGUUGGUCAGUCCACUAUUGAACAUAUUGGACGCUUCACAAUACAAUGUGGAGAGGCGUCUGGAGAUGAUAACUUGAAACUCAGACUGUUCCCUAGCUCUUUGACUGGGACAGCCCUUACAUGGUACCUCAGUUUGCCUCAAAAUUCAGUCUACUCUUGGAGGCAAAUGGAGGACUUGUUUCAUACUCAAUUCUAUCGUUGUGAACCGGAAGUGUCUAUGGCAGACUUGUCGAGGUUAGGCCAAAAGCCUGGAGAAUCGUCUGAGGCAUUCCUUGCGAGAUUUCGGAGAGCUAGACUGAAAUAUAGAGUUGCACUGCCAGAACAAGAAUUUGUCAAGCUGGCUCAGAAUGGUCUGGACAUUGAGCUCCGAAAGAAAUUUGAGCGGAUGGAAUUCCGAGACUUCUAUGAAUUGUCUUAUAAAGUGGCUCGGUAUGAAAAUCUGUUGAAAGAAGAUGUUCAAAAGAAGGCUGCAUCACAUGGAACUUAUUACAGUGACCCUAAUUUUGAUCUUGAUGUGGCUGAGGUGGUUACAGACAAGCCUGUUGUUUGCCCAGACCUUGUCAAACCAACUCACCAACCUGAGACGUCUGUGAGACGUUAUGUUGGUGAGGCUGGAAAACAGUAUACUUUUGAUGUGUCAAAAGCUAGUGAUAUAUUUGACGUCCUUAAAAAGAGUGGUCUGAUUAAGCUGCCGCCGGGACAUAAAAUCCCGACAGCGGUUGAAAUCAGAGCUAGAGAUUAUUGCAAAUUUCAUAAUUCUUGGAAGCAUUCUACUGAUAAUUGUCUUAUUUUUCGUAAUGUCUCGCAAGAAAAGAUUGAUAAGGGUAUCUUGAAAUUUCCAGACAAAGCGAAGGAAACCAUGGGAGUGGAUGCAGAUCCUUUUCCAACUGUAGAUCUAGACAUAGAAGGAGCGUCAGGUCAGACCAGUAGAGGCUCGGGGGGCAAGAAAGGAUCACUGUCACCUUCUAGACGGUGGGAGAAAAUCAGUCAUCCCAAGUUUCUAGCCCAGAAUCCCAGAACCUUGAGGCGCAAACUGCAGCGCAAGAGGGCUGAAGAGCGAAAAAGACACCAGAAGCAGGUGGAGGCUGAAGGAAGUUCAUCUCGCAGACCACGCCAACUUACCAAAAGGAAUAUGGUCUGGGUGAGAAAAGAGAAAAAGAAGGCUGUAACCCAGACUCUACAGAAGGAAGAUGACCAAUCUUCAGCCUCUCCAAAGGUGGCGUCUGUCAUUGUGAGUUUAGACGGGGUUUUGAAAGCAACUUUUGAAGCACAAGAACAGUCUAGGAAUGGUGGAGCUGAAUCGAAAGAAGAUGGCACUAUUCAUUUUGGGGAAUUCUCAGUGAAUUUGUCAUGUCUGGAAAAAGAAAAGGCCGUGUUGGAGAUAACAAAGAAAUUAGCGGCCUAUUUUGCUGAAAAAGCAGUUCAAGUAGACAGGUCUGAAAUUGUUCAUGAAGGUGAGGAGGUAGACCGAGGUGAUGAAAUAACUUUGGAGGAGCUGGAUCUUGCCCCAGCCAAGUUAGAUGACUUAAAAGCUGAAGUUCAAGACCCACUGGAGGAGAUCAAUCUAGGGUCUGAAAGUGAACCAAAGGUAACAUUUAUCAGCGGCUCUCUCGAGCCGCAGACACGAGAUCAAAUCGUCAGACUUUUGCAUGAAUUUAAAGAUUGUUUUGCUUGGGAUUACUCAGAAAUGCCAGAGGUCACUUUGAAGGUGAAAGAAGAAAUUGAGCGGCUGAUAAAAGCUGGGUUCAUUCGAACAUGCAAGUAUGCAGACUGGUUGUCAAAUGUAGUGCCUGUGCUAAAAAAGAAUGGAAAAUUAAGAGUCUGUGUUGAUUUUCUAAACUUGAAUUUAGCUACACCAAAGGAUGAGUAUCCUAUGCCAAUUGUAGACUUGUUGAUUGAUGGAGUAGCUCGUCACAAAAUUCUAUCUUUCAUGGAUGGUCAUAGUGGGUACAACCAAAUUUUUAUUGCAGACGUAGACGUUCCUAAGACAGCCUUUCGAUGCCCAAGUGCUAUUGGAACUUUUGAAUGGGUUGUGAUGCCAUUUGGUCUGAAGAAUGCUGGAGCCACCUAUCAAAGAGCCAUGAAUGCAAUUUUUCAUGAUAUGAUUGGUAAAUUCAUGGAAAUUUAUAUUGAUGAUGUUGUGGUGAAAUCAAAUGGGGAAGCAAACCACCUGGUUUAUUUGAGGAAGUCUUUUGAGCGGAUGAGGCAACAUGGCUUGAAAAUGAACCCACUUAAGUGUGCCUUUGGAGUGUCUGCGGGUAACUUCCUUGGGUACUUGGUGCAUGAGCGUGGUCUGGAGGUUGACAAGAACAAAGCUAGGGCUGUGAUUGAGGCGAAACCACCACAAAACAAGAAGGAGUUGCAAAGAUUUCUUGGCCAAGUUAAUUUCUUAAGAUGUUUCAUUUCUAACUUGGCUGGGAAAACCAGAGUCUUUUCUCCUCUGUUGAAACUCAAGUCUGAGGCGGAUUUUAAGUGGGAAGAACACCACCAGUCUGCCUUUGAUAUGAUAAAGUGGUACUUAUCCAGACCACCAGUACUUGUACCGCCUGUGAAAAAUAAGCCUUUAAUUUUGUAUAUAUCCACCGCAGACGAGUUCAUAGGAUGUCUGCUGGCGCAGGAAAAUGAUAAAAAACAGGAGCAGGCUGUGUAUUACUUGAGUCGAUGUUUGACCCAGACCGAAGUGUAUGUGGUUGCCAAGACUGAUAUUGUCAAAUAUAUGUUGUCCCGCCCUUUGUUAAGAGGCCGAAUAGGUAAAUGGAUUCUGGCCUUGUCUGAGUUUAAUUUGAAGUAUAUACCACAGAGGGCUAUCAAAAGGCAGGCACUGGCAGACUUUCUUGCAGAUUAUCUAUGUCUGGACAUGGAGGCAGAUGAAGAAAAAGGGAUUAACUUGUUUUCAAUAAGUUUAGUUCCCUGGAAACUUAUUUUUGAUGGAUCCAGUACAGAAACCAUGUCUGGAGCUGGAGUCGUGGUAAUUUCCCCGUCUGGGCUGAAAACACAGAUGUCUUUCCAGCUGGAUUUUAAUUGCACAAAUAAUCAAGCAGAAUAUGAAGCUUUGAUUAUUGGUCUUGAGAUGUUGGUGGAGCUUAAAGUAUCCAUGGUUGAGAUUGUAUUGCUUAUGCUAAGGGCUGCAAAUCUUGUCAGAUCCAUGGGCCACUUCAAACUUCAAAGAGUUCCAGCCUCUGAACUUAAUUCUAUUAUGAAACCAUGGCCAUUUCGAGGCUGGGCUAUUGACUUAAUUGGUAAGGUGUAUCCCCCUUCAUCAAAAGGUCAUUCAUUUAUUAUAGUGGCAACGGAUUAUUUUACCAAAUGGGUGGAGGCUAAACCAAUGAAGAAGGUAGACCAAUCUGAUGUAAUCCAGUUCAUCAAAGAGGACAUUAUUCACAGAUUUGGUCUGCCAGAAACAAUUACAACAGACCAAGGCACAGUUUUUGUCAGCCAUCAAGUGGAGGCAUUUGCAAAGGAAAUGGGUUUCCGUCUGUUAAAUUCUACUCAUCAUUAUGCACAAGCUAAUGGGCAAGCGGAGGCUUCUAAUAAGGUGGUGAUUAAUUUGCUUGAAAAAAUGGUGGAUGACAACCCUAGACGCUGGCAUGCAUUAUUGUCUGAAACACUAUGGGCUUAUAGAACUUCACAAAGGAGUUCAACCAAAAUGACACCUUUUGCCUUGACAUAUGGUCAUAACGCAGUCUUGCCAAUGGAGCUAAUAGCCAGGUCUUUAAGGGUGGUGAUUCAGCAUAAUCUCCAGUCUGGAGAGUACGAUGAGGCCAUGAUGCUUGAGCUUGAGGACCUUGAAGACUCACGUUUGACAGCCUUGGAUAGAUUGCAAGCUCAAAAACUCAAAAUUGCAAAGUCUUACAACAAGAGAGUAAAAGGUAAAAAUCUGGCGGUUGGUGAUUUGGUCUGGAAAGCAAUUUUACCUCUUGGCAAGAAAGAUCACAGAUUUAGGAAAUGGUCUCCAAAUUGGGAAGGACAUUUUGAAUUCAUGAAGUGUUGAGAGGGGGUGCUUAUUGGUUGGAGUCACUUGAUGGAGAGCUUCAUCUCAGAAAAAUCAAUGGAAUUUAUCUCAAGCCUUAUUACCUGACAGUCUGGGAGGCAAGAGGCUUAGAGUCUUAAGAAGCUAUCUGAGCCAAGUUCAUACUUCUGUCUGUGCAUAAAUAAGUUGAUUUGCU